GUCCCUCUUCCAAAGUAAGGUACACUUUAGUCCUCAUACUUUUCGAAACUUUAGUUUUAGUCCUCCAAAACUAACACCGUGAAAAAUAUGCUGAUGUGGCUAAGGGAAGACUGACAUAAUUUUUUUUUGUCAGAGUUUAUCAGUUUUUAUCCGGUGUCAUCUCUCUCUUCAACUUCUCUUUCUCUCUCAUUGCUCCAAACCCAUUCCAAUUCUCACUGGUUGUUACUUCCAUUGCGAAUCCAAGUUGCCAAGACCCAAUCUGCCGUAAUCGCCGUUCCCCCACAGCGCAGCGAACCUCUUUCCCGCCACGCGUGAGAAAGAUCGCGUUAGAAACCCUAAACCGGAAGCUCUAAUGGCGAAUUUGGAGAAGCUUCGACGCCACAUUUGUGGUGAGAGGAAACGGUGGUACGUGAAGAACGUUGAUGAAGUGAGAAAGAAUCAUGAAGCGAUUAAAUAAAGUUCAACAAUUAAAUCAAUAGCGCAUUGAAGAGAGAGAGAGCAAAGAAACAUUUCACGGCUCACACUGCUGCAACGUCUGCUAUGUUCUUCUGCUAAUGGCGGUUAGUUAUGGUAGAAGAACCUUGUAGAGAGAUACAAACGCUGAUUUACCAAAUGGCGUUCAUGGUUAUUGCUUGUGCAGAUUCUAGGGUAUGCCCCUCUACUGUCCUGGGAUUUCAACCAGGAGAAGCAUUCAUGAUUCGCAAUAUUGCUAAUUUGGUUCCUACCUUUGAGAGUGGCGGAUUAGUUUGGUCGCAGGUUCCGAUUGUGGAUUGGUCAUUUGCAAGAGAAGUAACAACCCAUGAGAGUGAGAAUUGGAAUGGGUUUGGAGCAAUGAGAGAGAAAGAGAAGUUGAAGAGAGAGGACACUGGAUAAAAGCUGAUAAAUUCUGACAAAAAAAAAAUUCUGUCAGUCUUCCGUUAGCCACAUCAGCAUAUUUUUCACGGUGUUAGUUUUGGAGGACUAAAACCAAAGUUUCGAAAAGUAUGAGGACUAAAGUGUACCUUACUUUGGAAGAGGGACAAAAACCAGAAAUGGCCAAUAGUUUAGGGACUAAAAACAUAU